GACUGGAGAAAGGCUGAGGAGCAAAUGAGCCAAACACUGACCCGUGAGAAUAUUUUUGUGCUUUCACAAAUGAUGAAGAGUCCACUGUGAACUCUGAAGUGAAUCUGAAUACUGUAAUCAGGCUUUCUCUGACAUUUGGAUUAACUCUGGUGAAGAAAGAGGCUGACGCAGUAAUGAGCGCUGAGCCAGAGGCAGAGAUAAGCAGCUACAACCUGCCCAACAUGCCGGACAGUGACGACAGCGGAGAAGAAACUAGCCAAGAGGAGCCGCCAAUCGCAAGCUGGAGUGAGCUGCCCAUCAUAGAGCGCGUCGGCCUCAAUAGUGUAGAGAUGUCAGAGAAGGAUUUGGAGACGGCUUUCUCUCAGAUCGCCUUGUCUCUCCGCUGUGAUCAGUACACCCUGAAGCAGAGGCUGCAGGCGGAGGAGCACGCCCGUAACCUGGCUGAGGAGAACAUCCAGCUAGAGCUGAGCAGAGGCAGGGAGACCCUGGAGAUACUGAAGAACCUGUGUUUGGACAGCAAGCGCAGCAAGAUCCUGCAGAAGCUGGAGCUGUCCCUGGACAUCCUCGGAGGCACCGUGGAACGGAUCUCUAACACAGCAGAGGUGCUCGGCGCCGUGCAUCAGGAGGCUCGAGUGAGUAGAGCAGUGGAACUCAUGGUGGCUCACGUGGAGCGCCUGAGGAGGCGAUAUGACAGAAAUCUAGCUGAGCUGGAAGAAGCCAGGAGGAUGAUGAUGCAGCAGCAGCAGCAGAGCUCCUGCAGAAACAUCACAGAUCCCAGAGCCUCCACAGGUUUCUGCAUCAGUGAUCCAGAGGAAAGUGACAACAUAAAGAAAGAUACUCAGCAGAAGCACGUCCGUAGAAGGGUCUGUGUAUCAGUAAUUUCCAGCCAAACUCAGGAUAGGAAAAAGCGAGACUCCAGAAAGUGUCUCUCUUCCAGCAAGAAGGCUGUCCCUUCUUGCCCGUCUCCCAUGAGCUCAGAGUCCAGCUGCUCUUUCAUGACCAAGGACGACAGCUACUCAGUGGAGGACAGGCCACACAAUCCAGAUGAAACUCCAUCAGAAGCUCUUCCAGGACCUGCUCCCAUCCUAACCCCAGAGAGCCCCCCAUCAAAACCAGUGAACAACAGCAAGACUCUGAACAAAAACUCCUCUCUGGAUACUUUGCGGCACAGACACAGGGGCAAAGCAGUGUUAUCCAACAAAGGAAGGGAGAAAAAGAUGGCAAAUAUCUACAGACGGAUCUCCACAGUGGGGACGUGGAGGCAACAUCCUCUGGCUCACUGGGUGCAGCGCUGCCGGCUGGUUCUCCUGUGCACGUUUGUGAUUUUCUGUGUCGUAACACUGAGUUACUUCUUGUGGUAGUUUCAUGAAACACAGUCAUCAGUGCUUCACGUGAAUUAGUGUGUCGACAAUUGAAGGCUAUUUGUAAACAAACAUAAAAUGGUUUUUGGUGGCCUGCUUUUGGUCGU